CGACUCCAAAGCGAGCAGAUUAUUGGAUUCUGUUACCUUUUCAGUGACAAGUGAAACAAAAGAAGGCGCAAGAAACGAAAACCCUAAAUGCUUACCCAUCGUAAAAGUCUGUUUCAGUUAUUUUCGGAAAUCGGCGACGAACGCAGCUGAGCGGACCAAAAUGCUGACGAAGUUAUUGAAAAUCUGCUGCAACUCGCGGCAAUGCACGUUCGUCAAACCAUUUGAGGCGAUGCCGGGGCCACGAGGUCCGUUUGGACUGGGUAAUCUGUACAACUAUAUGCCUGGCAUUGGUGCCUACUCCUGGCUGCAGUUGCACAAGGCUGGCCAGGAUAAGUACGAGAAAUACGGAUCAAUUGUAAGAGAGACAAUGGUGCCGGGUCAGGAUAUUGUUUGGCUGUACGAUCCCAAAGACAUUGCGACACUGCUCAACGAGCGCGACUUUCCUCAGCGACGCAGCCACCUGGCCCUGGCCCAGUACCGCAAGCAGCGACCACAUCUCUACAAGACCACGGGCCUGCUGCCCACAAACGGGCCCGACUGGUGGCGCCUUCGCUCCCAGCUGCAGAAGGAGCUGAGUGCGCCGAGAAGUGUGCGCAACUUCGUGCGCGAGGUGGAUGCAGUGACACAAGAGUUCUUGACCUUUCUGGAACAGUCGGUUGAAGCUGGUGCAGCCAUCGACAUGCUACCCAAGCUAACCAGACUGAACUUGGAACUGACCUGCCUGUUGACCUUUGGAGCACGCAUCCAAUCAUUUUCGCCCGAGGAGCAACAUGCCUCCUCCCGCUCCACACAGCUCAUGCAUGCCGCGGAGACCACAAACAGCUGCAUCCUGCCCACCGACCAGGGCUUACAGCUGUGGCGCUUCAUAGAAACGCCCAGCUACCGGAAGCUGCGGCGCGCUCAGGCGUAUAUGGAAAGCGUUGCCCUGGAGCUGCUGGAGCAAAGUGUGCAAGGAAGCUCAUUCCGAUCCUCUCUGAUUGCCAGCUAUGCGCAAAACCCUCAGCUAGACCGACUUGAUGUUGUGGGCACGGCGGCUGACUUAUUGCUAGCUGGCAUUGACACCACCUCGUAUGCCUCCGCGUUUCUGCUGUACCAUGUGGCACGGCAUCCUGAAGUGCAGUUGCGUCUCCACGCGGAGGCAGUCAAAGUGCUGCCCAAGCCUGAAGAGUCGCUUAGCGCGGAUGCGUUGCGCACGGAGAUUACAUAUACGCGGGCAGUGCUCAAGGAGUCGCUGCGCCUAAACCCCAUUUCCAUUGGCUUUGGCCGUGUCCUCAACCAGGAUACAUUGCUCAGUGGCUACUUUGUGCCCAAGGGAACCACCGUUGUAACCCAGAAUAUGAUUGCGUGUCGCCAGCCUGAACAUUUUCCAGAUCCUCUAAGUUUCCAGCCCGACCGUUGGCUGCAGCAACGCAGCGCUCUCAAUCCUUAUCUGGUCAUGCCUUUCGGACACGGCACGCGCGCCUGCAUCGCUCGCCGCCUCGCCGAACAGAAUAUGCACGUCUUGCUCUUGAGGCUGCUGCGCAACUAUGAGCUCAUCUGGCGCGGCCGAACGGAUGUCGAGCUGGAUAUUGAAACUCUGCUGAUCAACAAGCCCAAUGCUCCGGUGCUGAUCGAGCUGAGACGGCGACCUGCGUGAUUUGCAAUGCAAAAUGAAGUGAGUGACACUUGGUACACUUGGGUUCAUUGUUUAUUUGCCUUAAUAAAUGAAGUUAAAUAAACGCUUCCUAAACAUA